AUGCGAGCGCUGAGGGCGCUGCGGUCCCGCAGGGCCAUGGCGGCGGCGGCGGGGUCGGGACCGGGAUCGGAGCCGGGAUCGGAGCCGGGAUCGGGAUCGGGAUCGGGACGGAUCCGGCGGCGGGAGCCGGUGCUGAGCCCCACGUCCAUGAACGCGGCCAUCCGGAGGGUGCAGUACGCGGUGCGCGGCCCCAUCGUGAGCAGGGCGCUGGAGCUGGAGAGGGAGCUGCGGCAGGGUGUUCCCAAGCCCUUCACGGAGGUGAUCAAGGCCAAUGUCGGUGACGCUCAAGCCAUGGGGCAGAAACCCAUCACCUUCCUGCGCCAGGUUGCCGCCCUGUGUCUGUACCCGCCGCUGCUCUCGGACCCCUCCUUCCCCGAGGACGCCAAAGCUCGCGCCCGGCGCCUGCUGGAUGCGUGUGCGGGGCAGAGCGUGGGUGAGCGGGGACCGGGGGGGCUCUGA